CAUCUCGCUGGAUAGAAUCGUUCACGAUUCGACACAGAGGAUGAGGAGGAGUCAAGUAGAGCAAGCCUAGAAUCCCAUGCAAUGCACCGGACUAAUGUGCUUCGUUCCUUCGCGAUCAUACCCCGAUCUUUGUUUGUUGUCCUGUCAGAAAAGGAGUUCUUUGCAUUGCUAUCAGCACUCGGUUGAAAUAUGAAAUCAUUUGUCUCGAUUGGUUGAACGUGUUCCUUUGCUAUCGAAUCUGAGAUCUGAGAAAGUGGUGUCAUGUCAAAGGCUCCUCCUGUUCGUUCUUCCACUCCAGUUGUUUGAAGGAUACAACUUGGGCUAUGGUAGCAAAUCUGGUCGAUGGCUUCGUAAUAAUCGUCGUCCCUUUCGGAGAGAAGCCGUAUGCGUUUACAUUCUCUCUCGGGGAACAGUUGCAGUCUUUCGACAGCAGCAGUGGCAGGACUGAAGUUAGGGUCUGUUUCUACUACUCGUACUAAAUUGCAAGUCCAAUUUCUCCUGUCGUCGUCGCUGACAUUAUUCAUAUCGUAUCGUGAAUGAUGUUGAUUGCCGUGGUGAGUUGCAAUUUAGUUUAUGAUUGUCUCGGAACGAAUCUGUUUUUUCUCCAAGUUUAUGGCAAUCAGCGUCAGCACCUAGCAUAACCUACAUGUAGAAACAAACCACGAUGCCAUAAUGAUACACUUUAUGACACAUUGUGAUGAUUGAAGGUGUUCUUCUGAAAUUUUUUCAAGAACACCCAGUUCGUGUCGAAUCUUCUUAGAACGACCAAUGUAACUUCUCUGGAGAAAAAGGACUGGAAGCAAGAAACGGGUCGUAAUGAAUGAAUGGAAGAAGAGAGAACGUUUGAAUUAUUUAAGGAACGCCUGAUGGCAGAGAAAUGCCACACUUCUGUCUGUUCUCUCUUCUCUUUCCUGACCCAAAACAAAGCUGUCGAAAUCAGGCUGCCAAUAAAAUAUUUGAGGAUUUAUUGAUUGAACGUUUCCCCUUAAUUACAGAAACGCUUUAUUAACAGAUCGGAAGAACAUCGCGACCAAACACCAAUCCAAACCUCGUCACAGCAUGAAGGGCGCGACUAGAUAGACCCCUGAGCGGUUUCGGCCCACGAUUUUUCUACUGGAGAGCGAAAUUCUGGCUGGUUUUUGAUGGUCCCCACACAAACACUCACAAAAUUGUUAGGGUCAUUUUUACAGUUAAAAAAAAUGUUUCAAAUUAUUUAAUUUCUUGCUGGUCCCUAAAUAUUUCUAUUAGUGGUCCUUACUACUGGAGAGGUAAAUUCAUCGGUUACUACUUGAGCAGCACGAACAAAAAACCCGAACACGGCAGUUCGCAGUGCUCAUUACUAUAACAUCCCCAGUAGUAAGUAGUAAUGGAGGUUUUCCAGUAGUAAGCCCCAAUAGUAAUUCUCAAGUAGUAACCUAUGAAUUUACCUCUCCAGUAGUAAGGACCACUAAUAGAAAUAGAGACUUCUCAAAACACACUUUCCAUCAGGUCUUGUCGCAAGCGUCGUUAUGAGUUCCCCAUAACCAGAUAUAUUCAAAAUGAAGGACACCCUAAUUCCAAAACGUACUGCGGACGAACGUUCGCUUUUUCCUUGAAAUUUUCUUCGGUUUUUCUUUUCCUGUCCUCGCUUCGAUGUCGAGUUCGAGGUUUACACGCACAGAACGAUCAUACCGUACAAAUCUUUAGGGUGAUAUCGAAUACAUACAUGGUUCAUCGAAAUACGAAACAUAGUAGCUAGGCAUAGAAUCACUGGUGCAAAAACUGCAGGGAUAUGCCGUAUCAAUAGACCUAUUUUGCUUCAAGAGAGUCACAAACGGAGAGAAAGAGCGUCGCGCAAAGUGUUUCCACACUGUAACGCCGUUUUUGUGGGUUACUAUGCAAAAAGGGUGGAAAGCAAUUUCUAGAGCAGCGUCAAUUGGACUCUUGUCGGCAAUUUUACGGUUGCAUCGAACUGCCUGGUCAUUUCCAUUAUCCAGGGCUUUCGGUACCCAUACUUUAUUUCCUAGUGAAUAUCUUCGAUACAAAGUUCGAGGGCCGUCUCCGUCGUGCUUAUCGCUGACAUAUUCAACGGGUAUUCCGAUGAAGUCUGUUUCCACCGCCUGCAAGAUGAGUACUUCCCCUUCUUCAUCCUCUUCUACUGCUGUCGAUCAAGCCAAGGGGACCAGCAUGUUUUCGCCUUCCAAGAUUUCUGUCGAACCGUCGAAAUUGAUGUUGGAGGUUAUAUCAUCUUGCGAUGACAUUGAUACAAAGAAGGCGUUAUCGAAGGAAACUCUAACCGAAACAUAUUGUGUGCUUCGGCGAUUCAUAAUUCAUCAAUCAAAAACGAACACAACGACAACGGAAGAUACACAAAACACCGACAUCGCCGAUGUCGAUCGUCUAAGACCGAUAAUAAGCUCGUAUGCUCUAAUUGCAGCAGAACAUAUGUGUCAGAUUGCCAACGAUCAAGGCAACGAACAAGAAAAAAUGAGUCGGAAGAACAAAAAAAGAACUUGGGAAGCUUUGCAAAAUGCUGCAGGAACGCUCCAGAACAGCAUACAUCAAAACACUGAAACAAAAGCAUCGGAGUUGCCCAUGGCAUCCAAUGCGUUGGCCGUAUCCAUGGUAUUCGGAGCUCUUUCUCUUCUCCAACAACAGCAAUCACUACAUAACUCAGGAGACAAUGGGAGUGCAAAGGCUGCCGCCAGCGCGCUGUCCUCGACCGUUUCUCGAAACACGGCAUUGCGACUAGCAGGGCAACCGCUCUCCGCACUUGUUCUUCGAUCGUGUGUCAGUCGUGCCUAUUGCGACAAACAAGAAUCCUUUCGCUUCGAUUUGACCAUCCUCAAUCAUCUCGCAAAGUCGUUUCACUUGACGAACGAUUUUGUGGAACCUCGCGUCAUUGCAAAGAUAGUGCGAAAGGCCGUGCCAAAAGCGCAAGCUACGUACGAGAGAGAGGAUCUAGUGAAGCAAUCCACGGCCGGUGCAUUUGCUUUGUCCUGUCAACUUCGUCCAUGGUCAAUAUUGUCACCCAUCGAACUAAUGGAUGCUGCAACAGCCUAUGAUUUUUAUCACUCGGCCGAAGAGAUAUGUAGAUCGGCUCACGGUGCAGCAAACGAUGCCGGGGCAUCUAGUUUGGCAGCUUCCGUCGAGGGGGAUGACGACGACGACGCAAACGGCGGCGGCAAUCUUCCAUUCUCGGCUCUGGAACAGAACGAAAACGUGCGUUCCGCGGUCGAGAAACUCAUCGAUACCGCCAUGGCAAGCCGGAUGUACCGUCGUGCGGAUGCCCUGGCAACAAGCCUGUACGGCAUGGGGGGUCGAUCGCGGUUCGUGAAAGCUCGGUACUUUCAUGCUCGUGAUACCAUCGCAAAGGUUGUUGCGAGGCGCCAGUUUCCCAUUGUGGACCGUCAGAUCGAACGGGUGGACAAGGCCGUAGCGAAGAUAGGCCGUUGCAACGAGACGGAGGAGAAAAGCCCGGACGGCGAUCCGGCAUCUCCCGGAGCAGACAUCCGCAGGUAUGCCAUUGAAAUGCUGGAAGAGGCCGGGGAAAUUACAGCCGCUCAGCGACUGGCAUCGCUCCAUGGAAUGGAGUACGUGUACGACGAAGAAGCUAUCCUGCUGGCUGCAAAGGCACGACGAGAAAAAUAUCUGCAGUACGACGAUCUGUUGCCCGGUGAGAUCCCGCCUCUUAUCACCGAAACGCACGAACUACGGUCUGGUUUCGAUCGGCUCGUCCGAGCGGAAGAGAAAGCUUCGUCGUCGUCGUCAUGCAACAACCAUCAACGACGGAAGCGCAUGGGAUUCGACGCCGAAUGGGACGAAGAAACCAAGGGGGUAGCACUGCUCCAGCUUUCCGGCGCCGAAACCGUGCUGCUGAUCGACGUUCCGGCGCUGUCGUCCACCGAGGACGGUGUAAACGCACUUCGGGAAACCGUGGGAAAGGUCCUCGACAGCUCCGAUUGGGCGGUGAUCGGGUUUGCCUGCCGCCAGGACCUGUCCCGGCUGCGGGCCACUCCCUGCGUCCCCGUGGGAGGGAACCCUCACUGGAUCUCGGGUGCGGGCUCCGUCGUGGACGUUCAGCCCCUCGUGUGGGACGCGGAGCCCGCGCUGAAGACGACCGGUCUCUCGCGGGCGUGCGAGCACUAUCUGGGCAAGCCCCUGGACAAGUCGGAGCAGUGUUCCCUGUGGAGCAGCCGUCCCCUGUCGGACCGGCAACGCUCCUAUGCCGCGCUGGACGCAUGGGUGUGCGUCGCUAUCUACGCGAAGGUUUCGAACCCGGAUUCCGAAAACUAAUGGAUCAAACGAAUCAACAGUAUUUUUUGCACAUCGUCUUGCUUUGGUCUAGAAUACGACGAGACAAUAAGGCUAUGUUUCAAUA